UUAAAAUACUUGCAUUUUAAGCUGUUGUAGUUCUUGACAGCCCUGAAAGCAAAGUUUGGUUCAGAAAAGGCACUGAUGUCCCAGCCAUGGAACGGUGGUUUUCAGUGGCAGUAUAUCUGAGUUUUUAGACAGUCUUGUUUCUGGAAGAGCAGCUGUGCAAAGCUACAUGGACUCUUGAAGGGGUUUUGCCUUUGCAGUGCUCCACAGCAGAGCUUGCAGCAUUCCCCCUUGUGCUGUCAGUACUGAAGCGAGACAGGAAAUGAGCUGCUUGAUUAUUUAAUUGAUAUUAUUUAAUCCCAUAAAAUUACCCUCAUAAGCAACAGCUUCCAGCUCCUCUCUGCAGCCUGGGAUAAGUGUCCCACAAUGGCAGGAUGUGCCGUGGGCAGAAUUACAGGCAAUGGACGGGAAAUAGUUUUUUGAAGACCUCUGAACAUUUACUUCCUGAGGUCCAUCUCUUAGAAUGCUUGAAAAGGAGAAGGGAAAAAAAAAACUGUUCUGUGGGAAGGAAGAGAUGUUGGGCUUUUUCUGUUUUCCCCAGUUUUACCAUGGAUGCCACAAUGUUUUCCGUGUCACAGCUGUAUUUGGAGGAAGGGGAUGAGAACGUACUUUUCAUCAUAAAACUAGGUGAUCUUUAAGGUCCCUUCCAUCCCAAACUAUUCUAUGGUUCUGCAUGCUUCAGUCCCAUGUCUUCUGACAGCUUAUUCUAUAAAUGGCUAGGUGUUGGAAAUAAAACAGCACUAAUAGAAGCUGUUGUCCCCUUGCCUGUGAUGGGGCAGUGAGAGGGGCCUGUGUAAUCUGCCGGCACUGCUGGUGACCAAGAAGAUACUUACUGAAUGGUUUAUGCUCUGUUAACCGGGAGUUCCUGAUAACAUGACAUUUCCUAUACCAUCCCGCCCUUCCUGGGACACUUGUGGCUGAUCCAGCUGUGGGUGAGUCCCCCAGCUCCCUGUGGUAGCAGGCACUGCCCUGGGCAGCAUGUGCAGUGCUUCCCAAGCCUGUCAGGCUGCGCCACGUUCGCUUACAUGCGGCUUUAUAAAGAGGAGGUGCAGAAGCUUUCCCUGGGGGUUUGGUCUGGGGUUUGGUCCAGUCUUUUCCCCCAGAACAGCCUUUGCUAUGGCUGGCCUGAAUGUCUCCAUUGCUUUCUUUUUCCUGGUGGUUGGGGUGUGCCAGGUGCUCAGGCAGCUUUCCAAGAGGCUUCUUUCUCCUGGAGCAUAUGGCUGCCUUGCCAGAGAACUUGCUGGCUCGUUACAGCUGUGCAUGAGCUUCCUUGAGCUGAGGAUGCUGGUGGAGAUCGGCCCAUGGGGUGGUGGCUUUGGUCCAGACGUGGUCCUUACGCUGCUCUUCCUCCUCUUCGCUGUUCAUGGUGCCUCUUUUGAUGGAGCAUCUGCCAACCCGACUGUCUCUCUUCAGGAGUUCCUUCUCCUUGAGUCCAGCCUAGCAGCAACUGCUACCAAGCUGCUGGCCCAGGGUGCAGGCAUGGGCAUGGGCUGGGCUGUCACCAAGCUCUACUGGUCCUGGGAGCUGACGCAGUUCCACCUCAUCCAGAACCUGAUAGCGCCAGAGUGCAACUCCUCCAUCCACACCGCUCUGCACCACGCUGCCUUUGUGGAAGGAAGCUGCUCUUUCCUUUUCCACCUUGUCCUUUUCAAGCUGCGACAGAGUCACCCAGUGUACCAGGUCCCUGCACUGGCAGCAACUGUCACCUUCUUGAGCUACACAGCUGGACCGUACACAGGGGCCUUCUUCAACCCUGCCCUGGCCACCGCCGCCACCUUUCACUGCUCUGGGAGCAGCUUUUGGGACUACAUCUGGGUGUACUGGCUGGGGCCCCUCACAGGGAUGCUCACUGCCCUCCUGCUAUUCCAAGGCAACAUCCCACGACUCUUCCAGAAAAACCUCCUUUACAGACAGAAGAGCAAAUACAAGAUACCCAAGGCAAAGGUGGUGGUGCAUGUGGAGGGUGACAAACCGCAGAGGAAGAGUAAAGGGGAGAAGAGCAACUCCAAGCCCUGUGCCUGAGCCAUGCAUGGGGGCCCAAGAGGUCCCUGCAGCCCCUCUCCUGGGAGUGGGUUUCUCCUCCCACCCAUCAUCCAUCCUGCCCGUUCAUUCCCUACCUCAGGGUGAAAUACUUUGGAAGAAUCACAAAGGAAUCAGCCAGACUGGGCUUGCAGGACAUCAGAAUCCCUGAGCUCCUUUGAGAAUAACUUGAGAGUCUCCCUGGAGAGCCCAGAAUGUUUCAAGCCUGCAUGACUAGCUUGGUGGGGGAAAAAACCCAAUACUUUUGCAUAAAUUGCUGGUCGUCUUGUAUUGCCAGGAAGCUUACAGAAAGUCAGGACCAUCCCGUGGGUAGGCUUGAGCAACUCCUGAGUUAUUGCAUUGUGAAGUGCUCGAAAUAACCCAACUUACAGCCAUAAAAACACAAGCGUAAGCCAGUAACUGCCUUGGAAACUUAGGAUGAGGAAGAACCGGGCUUGAUCUUUCAAGUUACUGAAUGUGGAUACUGGUCAAAAAUGGGUGUUCUUUGAGUUAAACUGAGAUCAUUGGAUUGAACAGGCUGAAUCUGGCAGUUCUUAGGAAUUUAAACUGCUUCAGGACAAGUGAGUUCACUGGCCAGAGGAGACCCCUCUCCCCUGUGGACAUGGUGCUUAGCCUGAGAUUCAUGUGCUGUAAAGCAUCAAGAUACAGUGCAGGAAGUGUGUGUGGUUAAAAAUGAGACCUGGGCAGCCAGUACGCACUGGUGUGGGUGAACAAAUGUGUCCCCGGCUCCUUUCUGUGUCCACAUGGAGUAUUCUUGAAGGUGAAAUUACAGUUCAUGGAAAUUGCAAUGAAAAUAAAUGUGAUUGGCAUUUGGGUGA